UGCUCCAGGUGAGAGAGUCUGGUAUAAAGAACAGCGUUGCCCAUCACCAGCACGACCAACGCUACCACCAUCGCAAACCCCAACCACGCAGCAAACGGAUUUAACGGUGGAGGCGAUUCUGCUCCUACGGACACAAAAGUCAUACCAAGCCACACAUGGGUGAAGUGAUCAUGGACCAACAUUCAUCCUGAUAGUGUAAACUGUGAAGUUUGGUCCAGUGAACGUGAACAAACACUUGACAUUAGGACAGUAUGGAUAAGAUGAGAGAGAUAAUCACAAGUUCUCGGCCUGAACUUAGACAGUCUCUUCUCGUCAUUCCCUCACGCAACGUGCUGCCGCCACCUCGUACAUGACAGUUGACAAGUCGCUCUUCAGUCCGACUAGGAGAGAGGAAAGAACUGCCUCUUUCGUUAGUGCUAGAGACCGCCCAGGCGAGAGCCCUCCGCCGCCGCCGAUGCCUGUGGCGUCACUGCCAGUCUACACCUCCAGGGAGAGACUUGACAGGGCCGACAACUCCUCCGAGAGCGAUGAUGCCGUCAAAACAAAGAAUGAUGGUGGAGGUGUGGCGACUGAGAGGUCGCCGUGCCCCCUGGAGGAGCACCACGAGGGUAAGGAGCUCCUCAACACCCUCAUAAUGCUCCCCGUCGACAAGGUCUUCAACCUCAUUUUCAUCCAGGAGCAGUUUAUGGUCGACGUCUACAAUACGAAGAAAACUUACGAUGUGGUGUCUAGUCCCUGGCAGCUGGAGGAGAGUGGUCAGAGGGCGCGGCAAGUGACCUACGCCAUGUCACUCUCGGUUUCCAACUUCGUGACCUCCAAAGUUUCUUACGUCAUAGAGAAGCAGGUGAUACAGACGCAGACGCAGCCAGGGCAGAUAUAUAUCGUGGAGGUCGAGGCUGUCAACAGCGGGAUUCCCUAUGCCGAUGCCUUUUACAUCUUCUCCCACUACUGCCUGGCGAGGGAGGACGACGGCAGGACGCGGAUCAUCGUGUGGGCCACCGUUAAGUACAAGAAGACCGUCUGGGGCAUGAUGAGGGGUAUGAUAGAGAAGAACACGUACAGUGGCAUGGAGGCUGUGCUGGCGGAGGUGAUGGUGCAGCUGGUCACAGAGGAGGAUAAGAUAGCUUCCCCGGUAGCUGGAGUUCGACGCCGCCGGCGCCCCUGCAUCUCCACCAGCAAGAAUAGUGUCAAACACUCGUCCAAAUCAGGGGUAAAGACAUCUGCGACUUCGUCGAAGACCUGCAGUAUUGCUAUUAUGGUGGUGUUGACGGCGCUGGUCGCUCUGGUGUUGGGGAACUUCGUCCUCUACAACAGGCUGAGUCAGCUAGAGAAUCACUAUUCGCACGACAAGCUUCUUGCUUCAUCUCCCGCUAAGCACUUGAAUGCUCCAGGGUCGUGGGAAGCCGUAGCGAGGAUCCUGCAGCGUCAGGAGCUCUUGCAUCAGCACCAGCUGGACCAAUGGAGAAGCAGCCUAAAAGAGGCCUCGCGAACCCUUCUUCAGGUGCAAGAGUCGCUGGAGAAUGUCCUGGCGACGCUGCCAGACUACCAGGAGAGCCUUGGACAGACCCUACAGCGGAACACUCAGGCACCGACCAGCUGGCUGAAGAACCUGGUCCAGGGCAGUAUGCAGACCUUGAUGCGCAAACAUGACGAAGAUAGCUUGCAACAGCCUUCCCCAGAGCUGGUGCAGGACAGCACCCGACAGGCGCAGCGUGACAAUUCGCUUGAUAGUCAACAAUAAAUUCUGGUUGAUGUGAAUCUUUGGAACAGGAGGACGGGACAGGCGGCGUGUACGGUGCUGUAGUCUCCUAAGCCGCUUCGCUUGAUGUUGAACCAGAAGAGCGCCGAGCCUGCCGUUGGAGGCACCUCCAGCCCCAACAUGGGGAACACUGUCGACCCUCCGGCCUCCACCUCGUUCAGCUGCAAGUCGAAUAUCUCUCAAUUCCUCGUUAUUUAGCCAUAAUGCUCCAACUCAGUCUCUUGAUAAAUAUCCAAUAAAUUCCCGGCAAAGGCACUUGCGCGAGUUUUGACUGCUUGGUAAUUAUUUUCCCUACUUGUAACUUCGUUAAGAUGUAAUGAAACUUGGGUAUUUGUAGCAUGAAGUUAAAUAUAAAUUCUGACAC